AUGGCGCCCAUGUCUGUGGUACCCAUGUCCGUGGCGCCCAUGUCUAUGAUAGCGGGGGCCACAACACAACCAAACACCUUUAGGGGCGCAGAAGCGAAUGAGGAUCUGGACCACGUGCCACCUCCCACCUUGAGCUCCGCGGGUGUCAGCGCGUCAAUGGUCUCUUCGGCGGGGAGCAGACGGGAUGCUGCCGGCCUCGGUGGGGCGCGGAGGAGGGCGCCGCGGGGGUCCCGGGCAGCUAGGGGGGAUACGUACCCAGCUAUCCCGCCGCGGAGGGGCCACAGGGAGCUGUCCGUACUGGUGGACGAGUCCUUCACUCUCGCCCUGAUCACCUCCAGCCGGGCCCUGAAAGGAAAGCGCCCCGUCUCGCUGGCCCGCCCCUCACCUGUCCGAGCGUCGCCAUUCCCGGCCCCGGCCCCCUCAGCCCGGCCUAGUCCUCCUUCUCUUCCUCUCUGUCCGCUCUCUCCUCCCCUUCCCGCCGGCUCCUCCUCCCUCGGCCCCCGAACGCCUCCCCGCCCCGGGAGGGCCCUACCCACCCCCUGCGGGAAGAGUUGUCGCUCCGCCCCGAGUUCUCGGGAAGCUGGGAGGCCGCGCGUCGACACUGCCCCGAGUCGCCAGGCGGGGGCGGCCCCGGCAGCCAGAUGGAGCCCUGCCUCGCCGCCUCGGCCGCUCGCUGGUCACCCCGGGCCGAGUGCAUGGCCGGCCCCCGGCUCCCCUGCUCCUGCUCCUUCUCCGGCUCCUCCUCCGCGGCCGCCAUUUUACGAGACUGUCGUAAAGCGGCGCGGCCGAGGCGGGGCUGAGGGGACGCCAAUGGCGGCGGCCGCGGCGGCUACUGGGCCGGGCUGGAGGCGGGGGCUCCUCUGGCCGCCCCGCCGCGGCUUCGCGUGCCACGGCCGCCGACGCGGUCCGGAAAGAGGGGCAGAGCCCGAGGACUCGACGCAGAGCCGGACAUCAGGAUUCUGCCCACCCAGAAAAUCUUGCCAUGAUUGGAUUGGACCCCCGGAUAGAUAUUCAAACCUUCGACCGAUCAAAUUUUACAUCCCUGAAAAUGAAUCUCCAUUGGAACAGCGGCUUAGGAAAUUAAGACAAGAAACACAAGAAUGGAACCAACAAUACUGGGCAAACCAGAAUCAGACAUUUAGUAAGGAAAAAGAAGAAUUCAUUCACUCAAGAUUGAAAGCUAGAGGUCUGGGAUUGAAAGAUGAAACAGGUAAAAAAAGAACACUGAAUGCAGAAGAAAUGGCUGAUUUUUAUAAGGAAUUCUUAAGUAAAAAUUUUCAGAAGCAUAUGUACUAUAACAGAGACUGGUACAAACGUAAUUUUACUAUCACCUUGUUCAUGGGAAGAGUGGCCCUACAGAGGAUUUGGAGGAAGCUUGGAUUCAAGCAGGUGAAGAACAAUUAGAGGCACACCUACAUCUGCCUUCACCAGCUCCUGUGCUGGCCCUCAGGUUCAGGCACUAUGUGACUGUGACAUCCUAUUUACCUCAAACACCAUUAUAUCAUAUGGAAGCAACUGACAAGCUCAACUUAUGUGGAUGAUUAAAAAAAUGUGUUUUAAAGUGUAACAAAAAGCCUUUCAUAAGUUUUUGCAUUGAAGGUCACUUUUGUAUUCCCUCCCACGACUCAAGCAAUUAAUGCAAUUUACAUGAACUGGAACAGGUUGCGGAAGAGUUAUUUUGGGGCAGAGGUGUGGCCCAGAGAACUCACAGGUCUCAGCUUGCUUUCGCUCCACAUGACUUUUUUCCUGAUAGAGAUAAGUAUUAUGGUCAUUUUAAUUCUUGAGUUGGCAGUUUGGGGGUCAGCAUGUUUUGAGAUGAUACCCAGACUCUAUAAUUCAUUGUACCAGAUUUGCCCCAACACAUACUUUUAAAGUAAUUGGUGUACCCCUUAUCAGGUAAUCACUUACAGUCUGAGGUAAUUAAGCCAUCAUAACAUUAUCCCCAGUGUAUAUAUCCACAUGCUGAUCAGACAUCAUGUUGGUUGCCAGAGCUUUAAAGAAAUACUUAUUACUUAUUUUGAAAUGAAUAUCCUUUGAAACAAAGGUUUGAAGUGUGACUAUACUGUAAUUAAAAAGUUGUGGGUUUUUUUUAACAAAUGUAAGAGAAUGUAUACUUCCAAAUGAAACUAUUACUAUUGUUCAAAGAAUUUCUGGAACUCUUCUCUAGAGGUUACCUCCUAGUCUUUUGAACAUUUUCAUUUGUAGCACAUCUUUACCCUUGAAGGGUAAUUAGAAUUUUUGAAGCAUUGACAGCCAUGUCUAGCAAAUGAAGUGGGUGAUAUUGCUGGUUGGGAUAGUUUUGGGUUCCAAACAAGCUGAGAUUCUAAAAUAAUGGGUGGUUUUCUUCUGUGCCUGGUUAAACUGGCCCUAAAUGUCCCAAAAGAGGUUUCUAGAAUUGCCUUUAAGGUCUAUUUUAACUCUGAGCUCCUGUGUUUUAAAAAAGGGCAAAAUAGUAGCCAUGAGUGUACCUCUGUCUAAGGAUGACUACACUUCGAAAAGGGGAAACACAUUCAUAUAAAUUCUGGUCUGUUAGUUAAACUAAUCACAUUGCUUUAAAAUUGCCCUUUGGGCUAAACCCUGAUAAUCAGCAGUGUUCUCAGCCUGGAAAACCACUCAGAAUUGUAAGCACGUUGCAGAGGAUAUUAACUCUUCUCUGACUACGGUAAUUUCUGUCACCAUCCCAUCUCACUUGCCACCUGUCUGCAGGGCUUUUUAAGACCCUCCCAUACCCCAGUCAGUAUGGAGAUAGCAGAGGAAUUGAACAUAUCAGCUCUUCUAGUGACUGACAUCUCAGCAUGAUUAUAUCCCUCUGGCCUCUUUUCCACUACGGCCCAGAAAAGGGCAAGUAGAUUUUAAGGAAGGAAAGAUUUUUUUGAGGUAAAUGUUAAAUGUGGGAGGUAAACAUAUAGUCCUUGCUUUAGAGACACACAGAUUUGUUUUCACUGUAGAAUUAGUUGUUGUAAAAUUCCACUUUAAGGUAGGGAGCAAAUGGUUGGCAGGUGUGAAAGAAUAGGGCGUAUAUGAAGGGCAGUGGAAAAAGAGUGUUUUUAGCUGUAGAAGGAUGAAAAGACAAAUGAUCAGGUGGUGCAAGUCUUGAGAGCUUUGAGGAUUUUGCAUUUUUAUUCUCUGCUAAGGCUUGCAUCUUGAGACCAGGAAACGGUUUGGGGGAGGGGUUUUUUUGUUUUAUUUGGUUUUUCUUUUCUUUCUUAAUUAAAAGAAAUAGUUAAAUAUUUAUCUUUAGGCAGAGAAAAUAAAAAUGGUUAUUUUAUUUUUAAAAUGUAACUGAGAAAUCACAUUUUUCUUCAGAAGAUCAAUCCCAUCCAUAUUCAUUAGAGUGUCAGAGCUGGAAAAGGCCUUAGAGAUCUAAUCCAACUUCCUAUUUCAUAAAUGAGGACACAGGUCCGAAGAAGAGGACUUGUUCAAGAUCGAGCAAUGUUGGUGGCAGAGCCAGGACAAGAUCCAGGAGCCCAGAUUCAGACACCACUGUUUUUCUAUUCUCUUUCAUAUCUUGUUGCGUCCCUUCAUGUGUUUUAUGUUACCUUAAUCUGCUCUACAUUAGAUAUUUUAAGGACAUGUAGUUUUCCCAGGUGGGCUCUCCUCCUAGUAAUGGAGAUCACAGUCGGUUUAUGCCUUAGUUUGGUAUUGGAGAGUUGGCAUAGCUGAAAAAUUCAUUACCUGAUAGCCAUUUAAUCCAACUGCUGCUUGAUGAGUCUUUCUGAACUAAAUAGCAGACAAACAGAUCUGUUAUCUGUUGUUGAGACCAUUCAGCCUAUUAAGACCUGCCAAGGCUUAUGUUCCACUAGCAUAGCAUUUGGAAAGCCUGGAUCACCUGCAUGCCUCAACAAGGCUCUUUAAUCCAUUAAGUUUGCUUAAUAGCCUGUGAUCUCCAUGCUGCUGUGACAGCAACACAUGUGUUGACCUAGUAAAAGAAGCUAUUUUAUCCUAUUGGCUUAAAUCAUCCUUGUGGUGAGGGGCCAGACCAGCCCUGAUUAAUACUUGACAAACAGUGCUACCGAAUAAGGCAUCACUGGGCUUUCAGCACAAACCCCUGGAAAGUAAGAAUGAAGAGUUCCAGUACUCUGGAAUGGGUUCAUUGAAAGUUUUCAUAUAAAUAUUGUGUUCCUCUCAGGAAGAAAAUUGCAGAACAUAUGUUGAAAAAUUCAAGACAUCUGACUUGAAUUCACAAGAGAAAGAAAAUGUCUCCAGUUUCACAAUAGGUUGAAGCUUAUUGUCAGGACCCUUUGAAGUUUGGAGUUAAAGGGAGCUGGUUCUUAAAAUAUCAUACUCCUUGACUAUCCUGGCCAUGGUUUCUGGAGCUUUAUUGAGCAGAUAGUUCCUUGCAGAGCUGUUCCUUCACCUUUAAAAUUUGGCCUAACCUCUGCUGAAUUUGUAUGCCUUUGUCAUCUGUGUUGAGGACAUCUGGUGUUGAGGAAAGGCCAUAUGGUAUAAUGGGGAAAGCACGAAACUGAGAGUUAGAGAAAUUCUAAUUCUGGCUCUGACCCUUUAUCUUUGUGGGAUCUUGGGAAAGUCACUUCUUUCUGCACCUCAGGUUUCUGUUCUCUAAAGGAUCUAUAUUCCAGCAAACUUCUCCCAAUAUCUUUUUCAUUUUGUAGAGCUGCUGUUGGCAGGAUGCUUUUAGCAACUGAAUACAAAAUAUGAUUACUAAACUCAAGAUCGAUCAGAUGAUAUUUUAAAAAAUAAUGGUCGUCUUAAUGCCAAACGUUAACUUGAUUCUUUAGUGUCAACUCUGUUUGUUACUAGAGGUAUAAAUGUGCUGAUGGAAUUAAUAGGAAAUGCGGGGGUACUCUGGCUUUGAUCUUUUCCUGAAUUAUAAAUAUUUGAGCCAAGCAAUCAUUUUAAUGUUACCUGAUACUGCAGAUAAACAGAAGCAAAUAAUUUCAAGGUCAUUUUGAAUUGACCCUGAUGUCUGUAUGUUCACAAAAAACAAUUUUUUAAUAAAAUUUCUUUCUAAAAGAAAA